CCAUGACUGUUUCAUAGUGGCCAAAGAGUAGAAAGCACCCCAAUGUCUAAUAACAGGAGAAUGGAUAAAGUAAUUGUGGUGUGUUCAUAUAGAGGGUUACACACAGCUGUGGGAAUGAACUAACUAUUGCUGCAUACACACUGGUGACUCUUACAAUGCCGAGCAAAAGCAGCAGGCGCAAGAGAGGAUACAUUUAUAGGUGAAGUUCUAGAGCAAGGUAAAAAGUAAUCUAAGGCAACAGAAAUCAGAAUGAUGGUUCCCUGGAGGGUCAUUACUAACUGAGAAGUACACAAGGGAGCGUUCUGAGAAUAUGGAAAACAUUUUAAAUCUUCAUCUGGGUGGAGGUUGUGGUGGGCUGUGUGUACGUGUGUAUGUGAAAUCACCAAGCUAUAUACUAAAGAUGUGUGCACUUCAAUAAAAGUAGAUCCAGUUGCACCUCAAUAAAAGUAGAUCCAACCCCCUGCUGCAAGUGCAUGUGAGGCCUUCUGGGCUUCUAGUCUCCAUAGGCCUUGUGGGGCCAGGACCUGACAUUUUGGCAGAUAGGGUCUGGCCGUUGGGCCCAGACACCGCCCCUCUCUCUGCAGUCCCUGGGCUGAUUUGCAUGCCCUGUUUUGGUCCAGUGGCCUCCCCAGCCCUGUGCCCCCAGACACCUGGAGCACAGCCUGCAGUCUGGCAGAACCACUCCCCUGCCUGCCUCCCUGCCUCUGGCCAUGGCCUGCUGGUGCUUGGCCCUCCUUCUGAUGGGGACCUUCAUGACAGUUUCCCAGCCAGCCCAGGCGCAGUCAGAUGCACUGCUGGUCUUCCCAGGCCAAGUGGCUCAACUGUCCUGCAUGCUCAGCCCCCAGCACACCAUCAGGGACUAUGGUGUCUCCUGGUACCAGCAGCGGCCAGGCAGUGCCCCCCGCUAUCUCCUUUACUACCACUCGGAUGAGGAGUACCACCGGCCUGAUGAAAUCCCUGACCGCUUCUCAGCAGCUAAGGAUGUGGUGCACAAUGCCUGUAUCCUGACCAUCAGCCCUGUGCAGCCUGAGGAUGAUGCUGAUUACUACUGCGCUGUUGGCUUCAGCUCUGGUCCCUAGGGGUGGGAUGUGAGAUGGGCCCCUCUUUAACUUUCUCUGAGCCUUGCUCUUUCUCCUCUGUAAAAUGGGUUAAUAAUAUUCAACAUGUCAACA